AUGGAUCUCAAAGGAUCUCUUGUUGACACUGACCUGAGGAUCUAUCCUUCAGAUAAAUUGCUCAAAUACAUUCAAACUCUCUCUGUAGAAGAUGGUAUUCCAGCCAAUAUUCAGAAAUUUAUCAAAAAUAAAAAUGAUUUGGAAGUUAAAACUAAACAAAAUGGAGUAAAAGAUGUAAGUAUAAAGGCCUCUAUAAGUCUCACUAAUAAAGACUUUGAAAACAUGGCCAAAGUAAACUUGGAGGUUGAAAAAAUGGAUUUUCAUAAACCACCUACUGAAGAACCUGAUACUGCUGAGAAGGUGACUGAGAUAAAUGAUAAAACUGAUGAUGAAGAAAAAAGUUCAGAACCAACAGAUAAAGAAGAUGAAGAAGAGAGUGAGCCAGAAAGAAAUGGACCUAAGUUAUGUACAUCGGAUUUGGAUUGGUUAUUUUUACAUCUGCAAAAAAGAAGAAUAAAGGACAAAGACAUUCCGUAUCUCCAUGAAUUAUUUGAAGGGUCUGACAUUGAAAUGCCAAAGAAUAAAGUUAUAAAGAGGAAUCCAAUUUUAGAGGCAAGAUGUGUCAAAUUAAGAGCACAACAAGAAGCAAGAGAAUAUAGGAAAAUGACAAAAGGUGUUGAUAAUGUUCGAAUGAGAUUUCCUGAAGACAGCAUUUCAUAUCAGUUGAAGCAAUUAAACCGACAACUAAUAGCAAUUGGUCAAUUUAUCAUUUCUAUCUUUGCUGGAUUUCUAUUUGGAUUCAAAGGAGUGGAAUGGCUGGUGGGCACCCUAGACUUUGGAUUUAAACUCCUACUAGGAGUAAUGUGUGCUCUGAUCAUUGCUCUGGCUGAAAUUUAUUUUUUGGCUAAAAAACUGAAUGAAGAACUAAAUGUUCCUGAAACUGUACAGUUAGGUGGCCCACCUAAAUUUGCAGACACAAAGGCAUAUGAUUUUGAACCAAGAGCAACUGUAACAAAUAAGGAACAUCAAGAUUAAUUUACAUAAUUUAAAUUUUAGAUUAGGUACCUAUAAUAAGUACAAGUCAUUUACACUACAUGAAGCCCUUAUUAUUAAAUCUCAAAUGUAUUAUUUUUUCUCAGAAGAAAUACUAUUUUUCCUUGGAGAUUAGUAAUAAGGGAUCAU